CAAAGAAUUACACUUUUGUGCUCUUUUAUGUGUAUGAUUCAAUUACUGGCUCAAACAUGUUGGUGACUUGCAUGUUGGAGAGAAAAUAGAAAUCCUCUCUUGCCUAUAUAUAAUGCAAGUUUUUUCUCUCAUUGCAUCAAUAAGUAGCCUAAGUUUUUCUUUCAUCCUCUCUCAAACCUCUCUCUAUAUUUUUGCAUUGUUAAUGCAAUGGCUAUAGAGUGCAUAACAAGUACAAAAGCUAUGACUCAAUCACCAAAACAAAACCAUGGUAAAAAUGAAGAUGAAGAAUCAUCAUUAGUUUUUGAUGCUUCAUUUCUAAGACACACCAUUAACCUUCCAAAACAAUUCAUUUGGCCAGAUGAAGAAAAACCAUGCAUGAAUGUACCUGAACUUGAUGUUCCACUCAUUGAUUUAAAAAAUUUCCUUUCUGGUGACCCUUUUGCUGCAAUGGAAGCUUCAAAAAUCAUUGGUGAAGCAUGUGAAAAACAUGGUUUUUUUCUUGUUGUUAAUCAUGGUAUUGAUGCUAAAUUAAUAGAACAUGCUCAUAGUUACAUGGAUGGUUUCUUUGAGAAUCCCCUGUCUCAAAAACAGAGAGCACAGAGGAAAAUAGGAGAACAUUGUGGUUAUGCUAGUAGUUUCACUGGAAGAUUCUCCUCAAAACUUCCAUGGAAAGAAACACUUUCUUUUCAAUUUUCAGAUGAGAAAAACUCACCAAAUAUUGUUAAAGACUACCUUUGCAACACAUUAGGGGAAGAUUUUGAGGAAUUUGGGGAGGUUUACCAAAAGUAUUGUGAAGCAAUGAGUACACUUUCUUUGGGGAUAAUGGAGCUUCUUGGAAUGAGUCUUGGAGUUGGAAAAGAUUGUUUUAGAGAUUUUUUUGAAGAGAAUAAAUCAAUAAUGAGACUUAAUUAUUACCCACCAUGUCAAAAACCUGAUCUCACUUUAGGAACUGGACCUCAUUGUGAUCCAACAUCUUUAACCAUUCUACACCAAGACCAAGUUGGUGGCUUGCAAGUUUUUGUUGACAAUGAGUGGCAUUCCAUUAGGCCAAAUUUCAAUGCUUUUGUUGUCAAUAUUGGUGACACUUUCAUGGCUCUUUCAAAUGGGAGAUACAAGAGUUGUUUACAUAGGGCAGUGGUGAACAACAAGACAACAAGAAAAUCUCUAGCUUUCUUUUUGUGUCCAAAAGGUGAUAAGGUGGUUUGUCCACCAAGUGAAUUGGUGAGUGAUUUGACACCAAGAAUCUAUCCUGAUUUUACAUGGCCUAUGCUUCUUGAGUUCACUCAAAAAUAUUAUAGAGCUGAUAUGAGAACACUUGAGGCUUUUACAAAAUGGAUCCAACAAAAAAGUAGCUGAAAUUUCAAGCUCUUGAUGACAAAUUAUUAGCCAUUGAGAACCCUAUUAGAAAAGUGACCAAUCAUGUGGAAGUACAAGUGUAAUUCAUGUCUUGAAAGGUCUCUGAAGCUAGUAAGACAGAAGUGUAAUUCGUGCGGCAUAUUAGUGAUCAAUAAUGAACAAAUCAAGGAAGAUAAAUAGUUAUAUGGAAUCAAUAAAAAAAAAUUGCCAGCUAACUUUGUAAUUCUAA